UCCUAGCCAGCUGGCAGCCUCCAACCCGAAAGCGAUAUCAAAAUUUGAAACCGCGCAGAGGCGGCAGCUUGCUCCACACGCCUCCGCCGUGUCGAGAUUUCCGACUCGCCGGAGAGGAACAAUGGAAGAGGACCGCCGGAGAAGCGCCGCCUUCGUCAUGUCCGGCUUCAAGUCCUCGCCGACGGAGGCCACCGAGUCCACCCCGCGCGCCUUGCUCGCGCCUCCCUCCACCAACCGGCACGCCGACUGGCGGCGGCUCCCGGACGCCGCCGUCGCCCGCGUCCUCGACCGCCUCACCGUCCUCGACCUCUUCCGCCUCGGCUACCUCUUCUCCCCGCGCUGGCUCCACAUCUGGCGCCUCCUCCCGCUGUAUCUCCACGACCGCCAGUUCACCACUCCCCCGAUCCCCGCCGGCAACGUCGCCCAAGCAAUCACCAACGUCCUCGAGCUCCACGUUGGCAACGGCGUCCAAUUCGUACCCAAACAAGGCGGCGGCGGCGGCGGCGGACAUGGAGGCAACGAGGUAGCUGCCCCUGAUGGUGGAGGCGGCGGUGGCGGACAUGGAGGCGCCGACGACAGCAGCAGCGACGAGGAGAGCGGCCUCUGCGACGACGUCAUCGCCCACGACGCCGCCAUGCUAAACGGCGGCUUCGAGAUCGGCCGCGUGUUCUGCUUCCGGGUAGAGACCACGCGGUGGAGCCUCGAGCAGCUCAACCGCUGGUGCGCCGCCCUCCAUCGCGGCCGUGCUCGUGUCAUCGUCGUCGCCAACCUCCACCUACCAGGGUACCCCAGAUUUCCUCAAGCCCUCCUCGACUGCACCAGCCUCCUGGAGCUCCACCUCUUCUUCUUCACCGUGGAAGCCUACCGCAUCGACAGGCUCCUCGUCCUCGGGCUGUACAGCUGCGCCUGGGGCCUCGGCAUGAUCGACCGAGCAAUCCACCGCGAAUCGGAGAUUCGGGAGCUGGCAAUCGACGGCGUCGAGGGGUCAACCUUCCGCCUCGCCGACACGCGCCUCCAGACUCUGCGCAUGUACGAAAACCAGGUGGGCACGGUCGCCGUCGACAACGCCACCCGAUUACGGAAGCUGCACAUGCACCAUACGUGGCCAUCCAGGAUCAGCAUCAAUGGCGCGCCCAGGUUGCGAAAGAUCGUCUCUCUUGACCUCUUCACCACCGUCUUGGAGAUCCAAGGCAUAGUGAUUAAGGCUGGGAUGGUGGAGCAGCCUCCAGAGAUCCGUUCUGUCAGGUAUCUCGGCUUACGGGUGAACUACACAACGAUGGUCGACAUGUUGCCCCGCCAGAUAGAGCAGAUCCUGAGGAGUUUCCCACGCGUAAAAUCACUGAAAAUCCUGAGAUGCGAUGACGUUACACAAGCAGAAGGGCUCCUCCAGUGGAACGAUGCACACUAUGACGGGAACAAUUUCUUCGAUGGCCUUGAGUGUUUCAACUAUCACCUGAGGUGGAUAUAUCUUACAGGUUUCAGAGGGGGCAAGUGUGAAGUUGCUCUGAUGAAAGCCAUGCUCGACAAAGCUAGUGUCCUGACACAGUUAAGGAUGGAAUACUCGACAGGAAGCCUCCCCCAGCUCACCCUGAAUCAGCUCAACUUGUCUCUCCGGAAUUUCAAGCUGCACACUCCAAAUGGUGCCGUCAGAGGCGAUCUUGUGUCCUUUGUUGCAGCUGAUGCUUCCGGAAGUUGCGUACGACUAGCAGUGUAAGGCUAGGUCAGGUGUUGUUCUGUCUGUGCUCUACUUCGAGAGAGAUUUAGGCUGGAGAUGGAUUCUAAUAGCUCGAGUGGAUGUCCACCCGUUUAUUGCAUGUCAAUUAGAUGAUUACGAAAAAUUUUUAAAAAAAUUAACAAGAUAGAUCAAUAUGUAAUA